GGAACGCCCCAAAAUGUCCCGUCAGAUCAAUGAAGUACAGGAAGGUCGAGCCAUCCAAGUUGUCGACGAGGCUCCGGGCCACGCGACCCCGGCGGUCACCGAGAUCAGCGCCACGGGGAAGCGCGGCAUCCCCGUGCUCAUCGCGCCGUUCCAGAGCCAGAGUGAUGGGCGAGCCGGCGGCGCCACUACUCAGGAGAUGAGGAUGGCGUUCCAGGGUUUCCUCCUCCUGGAGGAGAUGAACGACGACAACCCGGUGGCGCAACGCAAGAAGUGGUUCAAGGAGAUGCGCGGGUGGCUGAUGGUGCUCGCCACCGUCGCGGCGUCGGUGACCUACCAGGCCGGCCUGAACCCACCUGGUUCGUUCUGGCAGGACGACAAGGAUGGCCACCAUGCCGGGGACCCGGUGCUGCGCGACGAGCACCAUUCGCGGUACCUGACGUUCUACUACUUCAACGCGACAGCGUUCGUGACGUCGCUGGUGAUCAUGGUGCUACUGAUGAGCGAGCGGUUCUACCACACGGAGGCCAAGGUGGUGACGCUCAUGCUCUCCACAUUCGUCGACCUCGCCAGCCUCAUCGGCGCCUACAUUGCCGGCACCACGCGCUACUUCUCCUCCUGCAUCUACGUCAUCGUCAUCACCUGUGUCGCCUUCGUCAGCGUCAUCUACCUCGGAGAGGGGAUGACGGAAAUAUGCAAGUUCUUCCUGCGCAAGUUCCCUUGCAUGCUCAACCUGGCGCUGCGCAGAUGGUUCCUGGUGCCGCAAGAUGUGGUUAGGAGCGCGAUGCACCAGCAGCAGGGCGAGACCGUGCCGGAGCAUGGUAGCCAGGUGGGAAAUGCAAGGAACAGGCAGCGCGGUGCCUGCAGCCCGUGUUGUGCGCCGCGCGCGGACGUUUAGCUCAACGGUGGACGGCUGGGGGUGGAGGGGCAUGCAGUGAUCUGAUCGAUGAAGCCAUUGCAUCUUGCAUGCAUGCAGGCACCCUUGUAGUUUCUUUCUUGGCCAUUUAAUUUGUUCGGUUCUUUUUUCUGUGGUGGAAUAAUUCUUUUCUUUUUGAGAAGACGUCGGGGAACAGUUCUGGCCCAUUGAGAGUUUGAGACCAUAGGUUCAUGAGGCCCGUCAGCAGAUUUAAUUGGUUCUCGUCUCUACAAAUAAAAGCCUGAGGUAUAGGCGCUUCUUUACAUGUUUCAUACUGAUAAUUAGA